AGUUGAUUUCAACUCACAUUACUCCAGACUGGAAACAGUUUCUUAGCAGACCUCCAAGAAUACAGAGUUUUGGUUCCUUUCUCAAGAGAAAGUUUGGGAUAUGUUGCGAAUUCUUGCGAUUGCCCUGACACUAUGUGCCUCAAUAUGUGCGACUGCUCUGCCGAAUGGUUUAUCAAGCCUGCCGGAGCGCCAACCCUUUACAUCGGACUUCUUCUUCCGUCAACUUUUCGAUGAGGAGAGCAGCACCUACAGCUACCUGCUGGCGGACCUGAAGACCGGAGAGGCCGUGAUCAUCGAUCCCGUGCUGGAGCAGGCCAAGCGAGAUGCCCAGCUGGUCAAGGAGCUGGGCUUCAAGCUCAAAUAUGCAAUCAACACACACAUGCACGCGGAUCACAUUACGGGCAGCGGCUGGUUGAGGGAGCUGACUGGCUGCCAGUCGAUGAUUGCCGCCGCCAGCGGAGCCAAAGCGGAUCUGUAUCUGAGGGAGGGCGAUCGUAUUGAAUUUGGAAGCCAUGUCAUUGAUGUCCUAGCCACUCCGGGCCACACCAAUGGCUGCAUGAGCUACGUGAUCAAGGAGCAGGCCUGCGUCUUCACUGGCGACACGGUUCUGAUACGCGGCUGUGGACGCACAGACUUCCAGGAGGGCAGUUCAGAAUUUCUCUACGAAAAUGUCCAUACCAAAAUCUUUAUACUGCCCGAGAACUAUCGCAUCUACCCGGCCCAUGACUACAAAGGACAACUAGAGAGCAGCGUGUGGGAGGAGAAGCGCUAUAACCCCCGGCUGACCAAGGAUCUGGAGGAGUUUAUUCAAAUCAUGGAUAAUCUAAACUUGUCAUAUCCCAAUAAGAUAGAUGUCUCGCUGCCUGCCAAUCGAGAGUGCGGAGUCUACGAUAUACCAAAGGAGUAGUCCAUGAAAAAUAAAUAUAACGUUAAUUUAAUUAAAUAAAUGCAUUGAAAAAAAUAUACAAGCUGACCGAAGCUCUGGCAUACAUGCACUAUACAUUUAUAGCCACCAGUGUACAAGCCUUGCACGUAUUGAGAGACGCGAUAGUGAAUGCUUCAGUAUACAACUUAUGCACUGGCCGCCAGUGUGGGCACGAGCCGAGCACGUAUUUUGUGACGAGAUGGUGAUAAACUAUUAAAAUAAACCGCACGUAAGCGUGUCCCGGCAGCCGUUUGAACAAUUGCGAAGAAUGCAAACAUUGUAUAAGGGCUAAUAAUUGUGCCUUUAUUAAACACUUAAUUGAAAAAUACAAUUGAAAAGUAAAUCAAAACGAUUGAUAGCUCUUAAGCUAUUUCCAGUGUUUAAAUGCUUAGACUAUCCGCCUGAUAGUACCGUUCAAAUUCAGCACUUGAUAAAGCUUUGCGAGUGUGAGAGAGUAAUUGAGAGAGGAGACCAGAUUUCUCAGCCACACGAAACGAUCCGAUCUGAAAUCAGGCAGUGCUGCCAGUUUAGCCCAUUUCAGGCUAGAUCUAGCAUUUUUAAAAGUGGACUAUCUUUUCAAAUUCAUUAGAGCAAGAUUUUGAUUCUGUUCAAUUUCAGACUACCCUAUAAAUUUGAAGUUCUUAGGAAACUCUAUGUAUUUUCCGUUGGAAACGUGCUGCGGCAAAAAAUACCAACGAUAUUGGGAAAGCUCUGGAAGAUAGUAAGAUCACCGACAUUGAUAGUAUAAAGUACGAUACAAUUAAUUCGUUCAAAUGGAGAGGUGCUAGCCUACAAAUGCUAUUCACGGUCCCAAAUGCCCACGGCCAAAUGCUGAUGUGGAACGGGUACUAGUUAAAACUAAAUUGUGCAACAGUUUGCCUAUAAAAGGUUCUUUUCAAGUUAAUCAUUUUUGCACGCAUGUUAAUUUUGUUUCAAAUGUUAUAGGAUUGCGCAGACAGAAAAUAUUACCACCACUACCAUUGAAAGAUUUGAAUUUAAUUUUUUUAAAACGACAUAUACUAUAACAGUCAAGAGCAGGAUGCUGAGGUGGAUUUAGUUUUAGCUGAAUUUUAAGGCUAUUUAUUUUUAGUUUUAGCCACUUUGGGCAUUUCUUUUUUCAAUUCUAGCUAUUAUUCACCAUCAAAACCUGGCAGCACUGAUCUCAGGUGCGCCUCUCUUCCCAGUCAAAGAGUCAAUUUGCGGCAGCAAAGCCCGAGACUUGCUCGCAGUUCUCCACCGACAAGUGCACAAAACGGUUGUUUUUCGGGAAAUAGAAGGAAUCAGAA